AUGCUAAGAGUUAUAUGGAAGCAUAGUUCCAGAGUCACUCGUUCGAUAGAACUAUCGAACAUUUCUACCACUAAUCACACCAGGAGUUUAAGGAGGCUUUCCUGGAUUUCUCCGAGAAGAUUUUACGCUCAAUCUUGGGACGACAGACAGCCUAAUGACAAAAUAGAUGCACACAUAAAGGUGCAGAAACUCAUGGAUCAAAUAAAUUCGAGGCCUAAUGUUCUGGAAAAGUUAGAAAAGGUUAGCAAUAUCAUGAUCGAAAAAAAAUUGGUUAAUCUAGAUGGGACUUCUGCCAAUGAAGAAAAUACGAUGAAACCAUGGCAAAUGAUUAAGAUCUUAAUGGACAGAGAUCUGAGACACGCUAUGAAGGAAUUUAAAUUGGAAUUGGAAAAAUCUGGCAUACAGUUAGGACCUGAACAACUGGCCCCGCUAAUGACCGUUUUAGGCCUUGAGAAGAAAAAAUGA